CUCGCUUGCUCGGUUUCUAUGGGUGGGGGCUGCUAGGCUUUUGCUUGUUCUGCAGUUUCUGUAACCAUGGGCUUGGGUUACAGAGGCUUGAGGAGUUUUGUACUCUUAGUGUUUCUGGGGCUAUGUCAUGGGCAAGGUGACUUUUGGAGAGUGGGCUCCUUAGCCUCACCCUAUCGGUACAGCUGUGGGGAGUUUAGCGUGCAGCUACUUGUAUUUCCAAGCCCAGGCCGAGAUAUUCGCUUUAAGAUUGUGGAUGAGUUUGGGACAGCCUUUGAAGUGACAAAUUGCUCAAUCUGCCGCCACUGGAUCACAUCUAAUGAUGGGGCUAUUGCCUUCUCUGCUGGCUACGGUGGCUGCCAUGUACUAAAGAAGGAUAGCACUAAUAAUGUGAAGGUCCGUGUAGAGGAACUGACAAGCAACAAAAGAGUUGUGGUCGUGCAUGAUAUCGACAUUAUAUGCCCCAAGCCACGAGAACAAGUCCCAGCACCAGAGGACAACAUGCGUCAUGGGCCUGAGCCAGGCCUAGUGCGUCUGGUGCCUCAGCCGCAGCCUCAGCCAGGCCUAGUGCGCCCGGUGCCCCAGCCCCAGCCCGGCCUAGUGCGCCCGGUGCCCCAGCCCCAGCCCGGCCUAGUGCGCCCGGUGCCCCAGCCCCAGCCCGGCCUAGUGCGCCCGGUGCCCCAGCCCCAGCCCGGCCUAGUGCGCCCGGUGCCCCAGCCCCAGCCCGGCCUAGUGCGCCCGGUGGCGCAGCCCCAGCCCCAGCCCGGCCUAGUGCGCCCGGUGGCGCAGCCCCAGCCCCAGCCCGGCCUAGUGCGCCCGGUGGCGCAGCCCCAGCCCCAGCCCGGCCUAGUGCGCCCGGUGGCGCAGCCCCAGCCCCAGCCCGGCCUAGUGCGCCCGGUGGCGCAGCCCCAGCCCCAGCCCGGCCUAGUGCGCCCGGUGGCGCAGCCCCAGCCCCAGCCCGGCCUAGUGCGCCCGGUGCCGCAGCCCCAGCCCCAGCCCGGCCUAGUGCGCCCGGUGCCGCAGCCCCAGCCCCAGCCCGGCCUAGUGCGCCCGGUGCCGCAGCCCCAGCCCCAGCCCGGCCUAGUGCGCCCGGUGCCGCAGCCCCAGCCCGGCCUAGUGCGCCCGGUGCCGCAGCCCCAGCCCGGCCUAGUGCGCCCGGUGCCGCAGCCCCAGCCCGGCCUAGUGCGCCCGGUGCCGCAGCCCCAGCCCGGCCUAGUGCGCCCGGUGCCGCAGCCCCAGCCCGGCCUAGUGCGCCCGGUGCCGCAGCCCCAGCCCGGCCUAGUGCGCCCGGUGCCGCAGCCCCAGCCCGGCCUAGUGCGCCCGGUGCCGCAGCCCCAGCCCGGCCUAGUGCGCCCGGUGCCGCAGCCCCAGCCCGGCCUAGUGCGCCCGGUGCCGCAGCCCCAGCCCGGCCUAGUGCGCCCGGUGCCGCAGCCCCAGCCCGGCCUAGUGCGCCCGGUGCCGCAGCCCCAGCCCGGCCUAGUGCGCCCGGUGCCGCAGCCCCAGCCCGGCCUAGUGCGCCCGGUGCCGCAGCCCCAGCCCGGCCUAGUGCGCCCGGUGCCGCAGCCCCAGCCCGGCCUAGUGCGCCCGGUGCCGCAGCCCCAGCCCGGCCUAGUGCGCCCGGUGCCGCAGCCCCAGCCCGGCCUAGUGCGCCCGGUGCCGCAGCCCCAGCCCGGCCUAGUGCGCCCGGUGCCGCAGCCCCAGCCCGGCCUAGUGCGCCCGGUGCCGCAGCCCCAGCCCGGCCUAGUGCGCCCGGUGCCGCAGCCCCAGCCCGGCCUAGUGCGCCCGGUGCCGCAGCCCCAGCCCGGCCUAGUGCGCCCGGUGCCGCAGCCCCAGCCCGGCCUAGUGCGCCCGGUGCCGCAGCCCCAGCCCGGCCUAGUGCGCCCGGUGCCGCAGCCCCAGCCCGGCCUAGUGCGCCCGGUGCCGCAGCCCCAGCCCGGCCUAGUGCGCCCGGUGCCGCAGCCCCAGCCCGGCCUAGUGCGCCCGGUGCCGCAGCCCCAGCCCGGCCUAGUGCGCCCGGUGCCGCAGCCCCAGCCCGGCCUAGUGCGCCCGGUGCCGCAGCCCCAGCCCGGCCUAGUGCGCCCGGUGCCGCAGCCCCAGCCCGGCCUAGUGCGCCCGGUGCCGCAGCCCCAGCCCGGCCUAGUGCGCCCGGUGCCGCAGCCCCAGCCCGGCCUAGUGCGCCCGGUGCCGCAGCCCCAGCCCGGCCUAGUGCGCCCGGUGCCGCAGCCCCAGCCCGGCCUAGUGCGCCCGGUGCCGCAGCCCCAGCCCGGCCUAGUGCGCCCGGUGCCGCAGCCCCAGCCCGGCCUAGUGCGCCCGGUGCCGCAGCCCCAGCCCGGCCUAGUGCGCCCGGUGCCGCAGCCCCAGCCCGGCCUAGUGCGCCCAGAGCCCCAGCCCGGCCUAGUGCGCCCAGAGCCCCAGCCUGGACUUCUGCGCCCGGUGCCACAACCACAGCCUGGUCUAGUGCUCCCGGUACCACAGCCCCAGCCCAGCCUAGUGCGCCCGGUGCCCCAGCCCAGCCUUGUGCACGCGGUGCCUCAGCCGCAGCCCGGAGUUGUGCACCCAGUGCCCCAGCCCCAGCCUGGUCUAGUGCUCCCAGUACCCCAGCCCCAGCCAGGCCUAGCGCGCCCAGUGCCACAGCCUGGCUUUGUGCACCCGGAGCCCCAGCCUCAGCCCGGCUUUGUGCGCCCAGAGCCCCAGCCUCAGCCCGGACUUGUGCGCCCAGUGCCUCAGCCACAACCCCAGCCUGGCCUGGUGCAUCCUUAUCGCCAUUACAGCAUAGGUUCCCCUCUAACACAGGAGCAAUGCCGUGUUUCAUCUGGAAAGAUUCCCUGUGCAGGUUCACUAGGACCAGCUGCAUGUUAUCAGACUGGAUGCUGUUAUGAUGAUGGGGAUCAAACUACCCCAUGUUACUAUGGCAACACAGUCACUGUUCAGUGUCUUCAAGAUGGUCACUUCAUCCUGGUGGUCUCCAGGGAUAUGUUAGACUAUCCUGUCAUCCUUGACAGUGUCAGGCUGUCCUAUGCCCAAACAGGAUGUGACCCUAUCAGGAAAACAGAGUCUUUCCUGGUCUUCCGCUUCCCUCUCACACAGUGUGGCACAACGAUCCAGGUGAUUGGUGGCAGAUUGAUAUAUGAAAACCAGUUGGUUUCUGGCAUUGACAUCUUAAGUGGACCAGAUGGUUCUAUCACCCGGGACAGCACUUUCAUCCUCCAUGCUCGCUGCAUCUACAAUGCCACUGACUUCCUACCAGUUCAGGUAGAAGUCUUCUUGCCUCCCACCCCGGCUCCAGUUUUCCAGGUGGGACCUCUCAGGCUCGAACUACGUAUUGCUACAGACUCCAGUUACAGUUCCUACUACUUGGAUACAGAUUAUCCUGUGGUGAAGGUACUGAGGGAGCCUGUUCAUGUGGAGGUUCGCAUCCUGCAGAGAAUGGAUCCAUCCUUGGUUCUGGUUCUGCAUGAGUGCUGGGCUACGCCAAGCACUAACCCCCUUGAGCAGCUGCAGUGGCCAAUCCUGGUGGAUGGGUGUCCAUUUGAAGGAGACAACUACAGAACUCAGUUGGUUCCUAUAGGGCCUGCCACAUCGCAGCUGCCUUUUCCAAACCACUACCAGCGCUUCACCAUUUCCACAUUCACAUUUGUGGAUGCUACCCAUCAGAUGGUGCUUGUUGGAUUGGUGUAUCUCUUCUGCAGUGUGUCUGUUUGCCAUCCCUCACAGCUGGAACCCUGUAGGAACAUGUGUCAAAUGACAGUGGCAGCAAGAAGCCGUCGGUUUUUGGAGACUGGCAACGGGACUGAAUCCUUGGACCUAGUAAGCACUUAUGGAGCUGUAAUCUUUCAAGAGAAUAGUCAGACUCAUGAGAAACAAGUCAAAUGGGAGAAAGACAUGAACUCCAGUGGAGACUUGACCCUGAUUAUCUUGGUGGUGCUACCCUUGUUGGGUAUUAUCCUGUUUGUUGCUGUGCUCAUAAUCUGGAAGAAGAGAAGUAGGACGGCAAAACUCUAGUACCAGAAGAAAAAAAAUGCAUAAAAUAAAAAAAGCUAGAAACUGA